ACCAAAUGCAACCCAACAACACAACUCUAAUCCCUCACCUAAAUCCUCACCUUUGCAAUUAAACCAAGAUGGCUCUUGUGACGCAGAAGGUGCCACAAUCAAGAGGUGAUCGCCAUUUCUUCUCAAGCUCCGAUGACAAUGCGAUGAUGAAGCAGAUUCAGGCCACUCAUGCUCCAGAUGGGCGAGAGGUUGAAGUGAAACCUUUCCUUCAUAUCAUUGAGGACAUUUUUAAGCGUGCUGGAUUUGGCAUCCCCGGCUUUAUUCAAGGAACACAAGUGCAAUUUGAAUCAAUGGAAGACAAAGCCCUCCAUUCUAGCGACAUCUCUGACAUGCUGGACCUUUUGUCAUACACGAUUAGCAAAAUUUCCUGCGAGAUAUCCUGCAAGUGCUCCGGUGGUGGAGAUGCUCAUGUAACAACUGUAGCUAUAUUCAAUGUACUCACAAGCUAUUCAUGGGAUGCAAAGUUGGUGCUAGCCUUGGCUGCUUUUGCUGUGAACUAUGGUGAAUUUUGGCUGGUGGUGCAGCUUUACCCUACCAACCCUCUUGCCAAAUCGGUUGCAUUCCUCAAGCAAAUGCCUGAAAUAUUGGAGCGUGCUGAAUCCUUGAAACCAAAGUUUGAGGCACUUAACAACCUCAUCAAGGCCAUGUUGGAUGUCACCAAGUGCAUCGUUGAGUUCAAGGAGCUUCCUUCUCAGUACAUUACUCCAGACGCACCUGAAAUGGUUGCUGCCACUGCUCAUAUUCCAACAGCAGUUUAUUGGACCAUUCGGAGCAUUGUGGCAUGCGCUUCGCAAAUUAUGGGCCUCAUAGGCAUGGGUCACGAGUACAUAGCAGCAACUACUGAGGCUUGGGAACUGUCGAGCUUGGCCCAUAAGGUCAACAACAUACACAGCCACCUUCUGAAGCAGAUCACUCUUUGCCAUCAACACAUUGAGGAGAAGAGGCAUAUUGAAGCAUAUCUGACACUAGUGCGUCUCUUUGAAACACCUCAUCUCGACAACAUAAAGAUACUUAAGGCCUUGAUUUAUGCAAAGGAAGAUCAGCUGCCACUCUUUGAUGGUUCUAACAAGAAAAGGGCUAGCAUUGAGGUGUUGAGAAGGAAGAUUGUAUUGCUGUUUAUUACGGACCUGGAAAUCCCCCAUGAAGAGCUUUCAAUCCUUCAUCAAAUGUACACAGAGUCGCGACACCAACAAUCGAGGCCUGAGAGUCAGUACGAGGUUGUGUGGAUUCCAGUGGUGGACAAGUCUACCCCUUGGAACGCAGACAAGCAAAAGCAGUUUGAUACCUUACAAGGGAUGAUGCCGUGGUACUCGGUGUUCCACCCAUCACAGCUUGACCCAGCAGUCAUCAAGUAUAUCAAGGAGGUGUGGCACUUCACUAAGAAACCUAUACUUGUGGUGCUUGACCCGCAAGGCAAAGUUGUGAACCAAAACGCAGUUCAUAUGAUGUGGAUUUGGGGAAGCAUAGCAUACCCUUUCACUAGUUUAAGGGAGGAAGCACUCUGGCGGGAAGAGAGCUGGAGAAUUGACCUAUUGGCUGAUACCAUUGAACCACUAAUCUUUAAUUGGGUAUCAGAAGGGAAAAUCAUUUGCUUGUUUGGAGGGGAAGAUAUCGAGUGGGUGCGAAAGUUUACAAACACUGCACGUAGUGUUGCAAAAGCUGCCAGCGUUCCAAUAGAAAUGCUUUACGUAGGGAAGAGCAACCCCAGAGAAAAAGUUCGCAAAAACAACAGUACCAUUGCUACGGAAAAUCUUAGCCACCACCUAACAGACCUGACUCUAAUCUGGUUCUUCUGGGUCAGGCUUGAAAGCAUGUGGCACAGCAAGAUGCAACACGGCAAGAGUGUGGAAAAUGACUCCAUAAUGCAAGAGAUUAUGACCAUGCUAAGUUUUGAUGGGAGUGAGCAGGGUUGGGCUGUGAUAUGUCAAGGAUCAGGGACAUCGGAGAUGGCAAAGGCCAAAGGGGACACCAUUUUGACGGCCUUGACCGAAUUUGAACAAUGGAAAGGAACUGUCGAGGAUCUAGGCUUUGUGCCAGCACUGAUUGAGUACCUCAAAAAGCUCCACACCCCACAUCACUGCAACCGUCUGAUACUGCCUGGCGCCACCGGGAGCAUCCCCGAGAAGGUGGUUUGUGCUGAAUGUAGCCGUCCCAUGGAGAAGUUCAUCAUGUACCGUUGUUGCACCGAUUAAUUAAGUCUAUGAAGUAAGGGUUGUGAGCUUGUACUAUUAGUUUUUCUCUGAAUGAAGAAGAACACGCUGGUAUAUUUAAUUUUUAUAACUCCUAGAGCUUGCUAUUAUAUUACUCGGAGUUUUGAAAAAUUUGGACGUUUCGAUUUCUAUGUGUGAUUAAUAAUGUUGUAUAAUUAUAUCUUAUUAAUAAGAUGAGUGCUGAUCGUUUUUAAUUA